GAUUAUUGUUAUUUUAAUGAAACAAUAUUGAUUUUGGGAAAAUAUUUCUGUCAAUAAAUGUAUCCAAGUAAGUGGAUCAAAUUUGUCAUUUUUCUCUAAUGAAUACUGUCUAUUACUUUUCUGAAAAUAUUUUAACUUACAUACAUUGAUCAAUUCCUGCUACAUAUUCUUUUUAAUGCUUCAAAUUACAAGAGUUAAUCAAUAAGAUGGGGAACUGAUUACAGAAUUUAUAAAUUUUUAUGGUUACAUUAUUUACUCUCAUAAAUUUAAACAAAAGAUAAAAGACAAUAUUUACAGAAUAUUCGAACCUUGUAUCUAUUAUAUUAUAUUAUAUACUUGGAAAUCUUUAGAAAAAAAUGAGUUGUCCAACAACAAGUCUUUGAAAGAUAAGUUAUUCUUGUAUUGAAGUUGUCGUGGUGAAACUAUAAUUUAUGGACGACCUUUGAGUGAUGCCAAAGUGACCUGGAGAGUGUCUAUCUACUUAAUAGUGCUAAAUGAAGGUUAUAAAGCAGUUUGAAGAAUAAAGAAUGAUUUACAGUUGAUGGUUACGGCUAGGAUUUAGAUUUAUGGUUUUCAUCACGAAUUGACAUCAGCUAAAAUGCCAAGACUCUAUUUGGAAGAAUAGAAAACAUUUGAUCAAAAAAACUGUGAAAAUUUAUACAUCAAGUCAAUGUCGCAAUAAUGAUUACUCUAACUGAUAUACAGAAAACAGGUACACAAAAUAUCUCGAUAAAUAAUUCGGUAAAUAUUAACAAUUCUAUGGUAUUCAUUAUUAGUCCAGAAAAAGUAGAACUUCAACCUGGUUUAAUUGCCUUAGUAUCACUGAUGGCCUUAAUAUUAUUAAUUAUGACUGCUAUACUAUUAUUACCUAAAUCAAUUCAAGAUAACGUUUUUCAACUUGUAUUACAUCAGACACCAGAUCAAACUUUUAAUUAUAUCGAUGUAGGUCUGUACAAAACUAGACAUUCGAUAUAUCGUAAAGAAGUAUAUUCAUUAGCUAUGCAAGGCAAUCAAUCUAAAAAGAAAUUUGAAGCGCAUACAUUACUUAGUAGUAAUAAUAAUAUCAAUUCAAGUAGAUCCAAACAUAACAAUCAAUCAAAAGAAACAUCUACAAAACCUAUCAUUUCAUCAGUUUCAGUUUCAGAAAAUUACAAUAGACCUAAUCAGUGUUCGUCUUCAAGUUUAAUAAGUAAACACUUAUUUCCUUUGGAUGAUUGGCAUCUUCAUAACCAAAGUUCACAAAUGAAAAACACAAAAUCAGUAAUGUUUACUGAAAAUUGCUGUUCUGAUGUUAAUAAUAAUGAUGAUAGCAGUUGUACAAAUUAUCGUGAAAAUAGUGAUAGUAAUAUUUUUGCAAGCACUCGACGUAAUUCAACUCCAAAUGUAAUAAAUGAUACCUCUGUUUAUGCUUCAAUGGACAUAACAGCUUCUUUAUCACACAUAAGAUAUUCUCUGCCUUCAUGUUUCACUCAAAGUAAUCAAAGCAUCAAUUCUCCAAGGUCACUAACGUCACUAGCAAUUUCACCGAAUUCAAAACAGUUAUUAUCACUCAAUAAACGUGUACGGCUUCAACUUUCAGAUACUUUUAUUAACGGAUUCAAGUAGUGUUCACAGACGGCGAUUACAAUCCAUAUUUAGACUAUGUAGCCAUCUGGUUAGGCACCUGGUGUGAUCAUCUAUGUGCAAAUAUGUACAUCUUAUUAAUCUGUAGACUAAUUCAGCAGCUCACACUUUGAUAGAAAAGUGUAAUUUGAUUAACUUUCAGGUAUUUCGACUUGACUGACAGGGGAAUUGUGGAACGAUGUCUUAAAUUUGGCCGUAACCCAGGUACUUUUCAGCAUAAUUCGUCAUUUCUAGACUUAUAUUUUUUUUGUUAAGUCAUUAAUUAUUUGAUUCUUUGUAAAUUAUCCCCCUUUUGUUCUUACAACAUGCGUAAAACACACUUUUUAUGUAAGAAUCAGUUUUACUUAUUGAUUUCCAGACUAGAACACUGGUAUUACGUAGUAGGUUCAUUUUUCAAAAGUUGGAAAACAAUGAAAGCUUCACGAUCAAACUAUCCAACUCAGAAGACAAAGCUCCACCUAAAUCAAGCUUGAUCUUCACUGUGAUGAAACGAGUUCAAACUUUUCAAAGUAUUAUUCAAUGCGUCUAUAAUAUUUAUAGAUCAGAAUCACAAUGAGAUGGAAAUAGUACACAGAAAAACAUACAGACGACCAAGCAAAAUAAUAUUAUAAAAACAGAAAUACAAGUCAUUCGAUUUACAAUUGGUCAGUCACUGAGUGGUAUAAAAUAUCAAUGUUUCCCAAGUCCAUCUUUUGUGCUGAUCUAGUUAUAUCAGUGAAGUUGUAAUGUGAUCACUAAUCUAGGUGAUUUGAUAUCAUGUGAACUAUGUUGAGACUCAAGGCAAUGGUCAGAGGUAGUGGACAGAAAACCCUCGACUUGAUUGAUAAAAUUAGACAGACGCUUAAAAAAUAUGACUUGAAACACAUGACGUCAGCUACUAAUAAGUGAUCGGGCGAUUUUAGAUACAUUCCAAUCCUGUGGGAGGUCAGAUAUGGCUCAUAACGUAGUGGUAACAUCUUAAACUAUAAAUCUGGAUGAGAUGGGAUCGAGUCGACGAGGAAGCAUUGACUCUGUCGUAGAUUACAGACACACCUUUUUGAUGAGUUUCGAAUAGCAUGAAACCUAAAUCUAGAACAAAAUAUUUAUCAAAACUAUCUACUCAAAUGAGUCUAACUCCUACAUUGAAAGAGCAGUGUAGUUACUUAGAAGCAAAUCUGAUGGUAGGGGAAAUAACUCCAAAUCAGACCUACUAAAUAACUUGAUGUUGUAUUGUAGGGAUGAAGAUUCUCUUAGUAUUGCAAACUCUGUAAGGUUUUCUAAUUAAUGGCCGCAAUCUAAUAUAGCUAAACGACAAUGAUGGAACAUCUUAAGUCGCGUAAUCAUAAUUCGAACUCAUUCCAUUUAAUGACCCUCUAAACAGACUCAACCUAAGUUGGUGGCCAGGUGGUAUUGGGUGGUGUUUGUAUGAACUAACGAUUCCUUUGUACUUGAUGACUGCUUGAUUUCAAAGUCCAAAUACAAUACGUUCAUUUGUGCUCAUCUAAUACUUUUUGGUUAAAUUGCGUUAUUUCUGGGAUUCCUAGUUUGUACCAUAAUUCAAAUAUUUCAAACUAUCACAAAUGAUGCCUUAGAUUUCUAAAAUCAACUUGUCGCAACAUUAUCUCGAUGGUGAACUACGUGUUGUCCGCCAAGGUUCACUAUGUAAAUGAGGAACUAAUAAAUUCUUGUUGAAAAUGGUGAAAAUUAGAGGCACUUUCGACCUGCCUUUCAAAGCUUAUUGCUAGAUGACAACUUCCAGGACAGAUGUGAUCUUAGGUAUUAGGCCCGUUAUCUCUUCAUACUAGUGAUGUUCAGAUAAAAAGAUAUACUGUUGUGGAAAUAAUAUUCAGGACUCUGAACGGAUGAAUCGAAAUAUCACCAGAAGUUUUCUACAGUGGAUUAAUGAAAUUUGACACUGAAAGGCUCUUGUAGGGUCAGUGAAAUUUCACUGAGCCCAAGCCAAAUCAUACGGCGGUUGGAUCAUUGAAUAUCGAACGAAUCAUCGAUCCUCGUCAAGGUCAAGGACAACCAACGCGCAUCAGUUAUUCGUACGCCGUGGACUGACUCAUUCAGCGGUGGUCUCGCUUUCGCUUGUAUCUACUUUAACCAAUAUAUUUCUGUAAUGAAGUCCUCUGUGUUGUACAGUCUUUAAGGCAGCUAUGGUACUUAGAUGCGUCAGUGGGGUGGUUCACGUAAGUUGCCGACCACGAGGUGUGACUUCGAUGUUAGCUGGUUCGUCACACCAUUCCCGUAUAACUCGAGUAGGCCUCCGAUCACUCGACAUAGACCAUCUACGUUGGUGAUCUACACUGUUGAGCAAGACUUCGAAUAACGCAACCUAUCACUAUAAUCUUUAUUAUUGCGAUCUAUACUUAUUCUUCUUCAUUUUUAUCAUUGCCCAUGUUGAUCUAUUAGUGUGAACUUUCGUUGCUUCAUGUCAAUAUUGAUUAGUAUUUAAACUUAAAUAACUAGUUUAAUAGAUAGAACCUACCAAUCAACUUCGAUUAUAAUCAUUUAUCAUGGUUCGUUAACAAGCAUUAGCAGCAUGUAAAUGCUCCUGUGUAAUGUGUCUGUUAAAAUAUCGACCACUCGUGAGUGUAGCCACAAGAAAACACGAACGCACAUCUGUUUGUAACUUAUCCACUGGUAUAAGCGAGACAAGAUUAACUGUCGACUAUAAAUUCAUCUUUCUAUUUAACCACUAUCCACGUGAAUGUUUUAAUUUUUUUAACACCGCCUGCCUAAUUUCCAACUGCUGAGUUCCAUGGCCAAACAGAGGAUACGAAUGCUAGAAAUUUAUGGUGAGUUUGAACAAUACAUUUUCUGCAACCUUAGAUCACGUUUAGACUGUUCGUCAGGUAAUGCUACGUAUUUGGCUUAAAUUAAUUUUGGACUUAUACAAAUUCAGUCUACAACGCUGUGUUAAUCCAAGAAUUUAAUCAACAGUACCUCGUAUAUGAUCCAGAUUCAAACUACCGUCUACUUCAUAUCUCCAUUACUUUGAAGUAAGAGUAACCCAGGCGAGUUUCAUAAUUUUAUUAAAUUACUUCGUGCUAUAUUUAUGAUGCGUAAUAACAUUUCGUAGUUUCUUUCACGUGGAAUACUUAUAUAUUCUAUCACUGCCGUCGUUUUAAUCAAAAUCAUGUGCAUUUAUGACUCGCAAGUCGACAUACUGUGGUAAAACAUAUUACAUGUACACGGGGAAUCUUAGUCCAUGUCUUCAGUAGACACUUUGUUGUACUUAAUCUCACUUAACGCUAGGUAAUAAGCUCUUUGUAUCAGCCUUUUACGAAAUGGUCACGUUACCUGAACCAUCUAAACUUUAGUUACAUUGGUUACGAUUUUAAUUAAUGUUUACUAUACUCCUUGUAUUUCACACGGUAAAUCAUGGCUCGAUUUCCUUAUUACACGACAGUCAUUUUAAUUCUAUUUUCGGUUUAUUUGUAUACAAUACGGGUUUGAAAAAUAUCUAAACGUCCUCGAAAAUUCUCCACGAACCCAACCAUAGUUUUCGUAUAUG